GUGAACGCGCCUUCCUCGUCGAUUACGACAUUCCCGUCAUCCGAAUGAAAGAGGACACCGCUUCCUGGUGUGGACUCAGUGAAAUGCACCGAUGAAGCGGAGCGGCGGUCCACUUCUGAGUCUCUGCGCUGUUUUCCUGACUCUUCUGCGGACAAACUAAAGAGGUCUUCAGCGGUGGGAGAGAUGUCAGCUGGAACAGAGGAUGGGGGCUCCUUCUCAUCGAAGGUCAUCCGGAUGGUCUUCAUCAUCCUGCUGCUGGACCUGCUGGGAUUCACCCUGAUUCUACCUCUGCUGCCCUCCAUCCUGGACCACUACGCCCAAACUGGGGAUGUCACGUAUCAGUCUCUGCAGAAUGUGGUGGGUUGGUUCCGAGCGGCUGUUGGGAUUCCUAUGGAAAAGAAAUACAACACUGUCCUUUUUGGAGGUCUGAUCGGGUCGCUAUUUUCUUUGCUGCAGUUCCUGUCCUCACCUGUGACAGGGGUUCUUUCUGACCGUCACGGCAGACGACCCCUGCUAAUUCUGACCACCUUGGGGCUCAUAUCCUCCUACGUGGUGUGGGCCGUUUCCCGGAGCUUCAACAUGUUCCUUCUGUUCCGUGUGAUCGGGGGCAUUUGUAAGGGCAACGUCAGCCUGUGCACCGCCAUCGUCGCCGACCUGCCUUGCCCAAAAGCACGGAACAGAGGAAUGGCGAUGAUCGGCAUUGCCUUCUCCGUGGGCUUCACGGUCGGACCGCUCAUGGGAGCUUACUUCGCCGUCACCUCCAGAACAACAGGGAACGUCUUCUUCCAAACCCCGGCUCUGAUCGCUCUGGCGUUCAGUGUCGCCGACCUGCUCGUCAUUUGGCUGAUGCUGCCAGAGACGCUAACGGAGAAUGUCAAGGCUGCGUCUUCUGGGACUGGAGACUCCAGGGAUCUCCUCAGCCCGCUCUCUUUGUUCCAUUUCACAGCCGUUACCAGAACAAAAGAUCCCCCUUCAAAAGAAAGAAUGCAGAAGCUCCGAGUGUUGGGUUUGGUCUAUUUCUUCUACCUCUUCCUGUUCUCCGGGCUCGAGUUCACUCUGAGUUUUCUGACUCACCAACGCUUCCAGUUUACAAGCAUGCAGCAAGGAAAGAUGUUUUUCUUCAUCGGUGUCAUCAUGGCUCUAAUCCAGGGGGGAUACGCUCGGAGAAUCAAACAGGGGCAACAUAUCCGGGCCGUUCGCACGGCCAUCGUUACCCUGAUCCCAGCAUUCCUCCUGAUUGGUUUCUCAUGGAACACAACGAUGCUGUACAUCGGGUUGGCGUUGUACUCCUUUGCUGCUGCAGUCGUAGUUCCCUGCCUGUCGACACUCGUCUCAGACUAUGGCUCGGCCAGUCAGAAAGGCACCGUCAUGGGAAUCCUGCGGAGUUUGGGCUGCUUGGCCAGAGCCCUCGGUCCAGUUGUGUCAUCCUCUGUUUACUGGAUAGCCGGAGCUCAGACAUGUUUUCUGCUCACAUCCGCUGCUUUCGUGAUUCCACUCGUCCUCCUCAGUAAAGCCAGCAGACUAAAGGAGGAAUGACCCGCUUGAGGACAAAACGCCUUACAGGACUCAGUUUUUGCUGCCUGAAACUUUUGUUUACAGGUUCAUGGAGUUAAAAAGCACUGAGUUGUUGAAAUAUUUUCUUUUUGUCAGCAACAGUGAAAUGAAUGUAUUCCAUACUCUCAGCUAAAGAUGCCAAAAGAGACAAAAGGUAUGUAAGAUGUGAAAUGAGUGGCUGUGAUGUGUUUAUAACAAAAUAUUUGAAUUGUCAUUCAGAUUUAGUAUUUUACGCCACAGCAUUUUAUUUUUUCUCACAUUUAACUUUUUUAAAUUCUAUUUCUACUAAAUAAAAGUGUAUAUAAAAUGA